AGUACUGAGGCCAGUACUGCCAGUACUAGUAGUCUACUGGGUACUGGGUACCGGUAACAUCCUGACAGCUCACAGCACCCAUUAAAAGCAAGCUUGUGCUGAGGUUACCAUUUUGAUUUGCAGCUUCCUUCUAUCUGCGAGAGAUCAUCAGUGCAAUUAUAAUACGAACCAACGAUGACGAGCUAUCAGUUGGAACGUAACCAUGAACACGAAGUUGAGGAAGAUACUCGUUUCUUGAAUGGGUCCAGCCACAAAGAUUGCAAUCCAAAGCCACGAAGAGCGAGGGAUGGCCAAAAGCAGUUGCAAAAGUCUACUAGUGCUACCCCCGCAAUGAGGGAGCAAUAUCCUUCUCGUGGUAGCUCAGGUGGGGUAGAUUAUCUGAGAGAACCCCGUUAUCGGAAGGAGAAAAAGAUUGAGACGCAGACUGACAUUGGAUACCGUACACAGGAGGGGCAUUAUCCAACAGAGAAGAACCAGCACCGAGAGGACAAAAUUAAGUCUUAUCACUGCCAAGAUCAACGAUUUUCGCUGCUGUCAAGCUACCAAUGGAACGAAUCUCGGGCUUCCCUUUCGUGUGAAAGCACCGCCAGAGACAUGUCCGAGAGUUUUGCAUCGUGCUCGCUCAUGGAAUCUUCCCGGUCACUCCGUGUGAGAGAAUUGGUUGAAAGCAGCGAAGGUCAUGAUAGGGGCGACUAUUUGCCUCGUCACGACGAAGAUUACAACCAUUACCGAGACCAUAAUAACAGUCGCAGAGAUCACGGUUACGUCUCCAGUAGAUAUUAUGAUGAUUAUGCUUUCACGGGAGACAGAAGGCAUCAUAACCCCACCAGACACCAUUAUCAUGAUGGCGGUUACUACAGGAGCACACACUACCAGCAGCAGCAGCAUGUUGUGGAGGAUCAAUCCAUUAGGUACAGGAAUUCUGAAUCCCAUUGGUACUCUCAUGCACCUCAAAAUAAUUAUGGAGGAAGGCAAUGGCGAGAGACACCCCCUCGUGAACCUCACCAUGACUGGCGCCGUCGUGGCCGUCAAAGCGAAGACCACGGGCAUCACUACAGUGAUCGAAGAUUGCAAGAAGACUGGCCUGAUGACGGCCUUCAUUUGGUGGACGUGCCGCUUUGGCGUCGUGGUCCACAGCUGCUACAGUGUCCCAGCCAAGGACCCGAGAGGAAUGACCUCAACGUAGAGUCCGAACAUACCAGCUCUUCACGUUGGUCCGUAAAGUCUGUGGACUCCAAAAGGAAGCUGGGUGUCGAUGUACCGCCACGAAGACCAGGUGCUUAUGCAGUGCAAUAUGAUCCUAAUAGAACCGAUGGUAGUGCCAAGGUGAAAGCAUUUGCUGACGCCAAGAGCACACUCCAGCAGGUUGAAAAGGAGCUACGAUCCGAUCGCCACUCGGCCCAACAGCAACUUCAGCAAGCACAAAAAGAAAGGAGAAAGAGGCUAGAAGGAGCUUCCCCCGAAGAUACACCACUGGUAUUACCAACGAUCCCUGUCCACAGCGACCACGGCAGCCAAGGAAGCAAACGUCAUCUUGAUGUCCCGCCGGGUCCUGAUGAUAAUAUCUUUAUUGAAAUUGGAGCUGGCGUCCGAGCCCGUCUCCGACGCACCCAAGAAACGAUGGAUGCCAUUGCACAGGACUAUUACGUUCCCGCUGCCUGCUAUGCCUGCACCAGCGAUCUCUUUUGCAUUGCGGAUGUCAAGUACCUGGUAUGUCCCGCGUGCCACUCCAUCAGCCCUCUGGAAGAAGGUGAGAACAAGCGCAGGCAGAAAGAGUCCAAGGGUCUGUAUGCCCCUGCGGAUGGAGAGGUUAUCCGAAGACGAGGUGUGGGCCUGGGCUUCACGUACGAGACUUUGUUUCAGAUGCAAGCAGAGUUGGUUGCCAAACAGGCAAGAUAGAUAACUAAUCAUAGCGUAUUACAUUACAUCAUGGU